GGGGUUAAAGGGACAUGGAAGCUGCCAGUCGCCGAGGCUAGCCGCUACCUUCGAGCAAUAUUCACCACCGCGGUGUCGUUUCAGCUGUAAACAGCGAAAAUAAGUUUUUUUUUAAAAAUAUUACUAAAAAAAAAAUGACGAAUAUGAUGUCCGGUCUCGUAAAGGCUCGUCCUUCGACCAUGUGAGUUGUCAGCGGACUUGUGGCCGUUAUCUAUUGUGGAGCGAUGACAGCGGCUCCAGGCACGCCACACGGGAUGAGAGACCGACUAUUGCAAGCCAUCGACGGCCACAGCAACGAGAUAUGCAACAUGGUGAUUGUUGUGGAGGUGAUCUCUUUUUUGGAGAAGUAUCCCAUCACCAAAGAGGCCCUGGAGGAAACUCGUCUCGGAAAACUCAUCAAUGAUGUCCGCAAGAAAACCAAGAACGAAGAUCUUGCAAAAAGGGCCAAGAGGCUUCUGCGGACAUGGCAGAAGUUGAUCAGUCCUGGGAGAAGUGGAGUGUUUUCCAAAAGCCACAAUGAGGCAUCAUGGGCUUCCAAUUCUUUAGUUCACCCUUGCAUCCCGAAAGAAGCGACUGCUCUAACUUCAGGUAAAGCAGGUCUGGAAUUAAAGAGCAGGAAUGACUUCAACAACUGCGCUUUACUUGAAGCGAACAAACCACGCAACAGGAGGCACACUGAAGAAUUCCAGGAAGGACUGUCACCAGCCAAGAUAUCCAAACUUGCGUUUAAUGAUAGAAGCCAAAAGCAGCUGCCAAACAAAAGAGUUUACAGUAGUGCUGACAUUUCUUCAGAUUAUUUGUAUCCGACUGAAGAUGAGGACUUUUCUGACUUAAAGAACAGUGACAAGUUGCUAAAUGUUAAAUCUGCAAAACCUCACCCAAGUGGCAGAGGGUUCAGCAUGACUCUGACUGCUGCAAAGUUACAAAAAACAUCCUUUUUACAGCAGCAGCAAGCCAGGCAAACUUCCUCCGGGGGGCAGCAUCAACCUGGUAUCACCCAAGAUAUGUUGCACGUUCCUGAGAGUGUGAGGCAGGGAUUUGCAGCUCCAGCACAGAAUAUUUGCACUUCUGGGUUGAGGAUUUCCCCUCAGAUGUUAAAUGACUGCAUUCAGGGUUCACAGUCUCCUGAUGUGGACUUUCAGAGUAGCUCUCACUGUAUGGAGGACAACAGUGCUUUUACUGAUGCAAGAAACAAGAGAUGCAGCUUUAGGUUUCAGGACUAUGUGAUGAAACCAGACAGACCGGUUCAAGAGGACAACAAUAAACCUGUAAGGUUCAAAGACGGGAGACUGACAUUUAACCCCGUAACAGGUCAAAUCCAACCCUCCUCCAAUAAAAAUUCUUCCCUGGCUGACAAGGCAAAACUAGCACACAGAGUUGAGCCUCAGUGCACAGAGCAACCAAAGCACAAUCCACCGGUUCCUCUCUGUCUAUUCCAACAGACUAACUGGAAAGAGCUGUCGAGGAACGAAAUCAUCCAGUCGUACUUUAGCCAGCAGAGUAGCAUGCUGUCGUCUUCGCGCGUCCACUCUCCCAGUACACAUCUUUUCAUGACAGAGUACUUGAAGAAAGAUGAACGACAAAGGGAAGAGGACAAAGAAACGCACGUGUUGGUAUCGGCGCUCCCAAGCAGUGACAUACCUGGACUGAGCAGAGAGGUCCAGAGUAAAGAUUUGAGGAGAUUACACACAGAGCAAUGGCCAGGGGUUAACGGUUGCCAUGAUACACGGGGCGAAUGGUACAAGUGGACAGAGUGCAUCUCCUUAGAUCCACAUGGAGACGGGAGCAGGUUGAACAUUCUGCCGUAUGUCUGUUUGGAUUUGAACACCUAGUGCGUGUUAGGGAAAUUCUUAGUUGCCUUUGGUGCAGCAGUGGAAGAUUACGUUAAUGGUGCUGCAUGUUCAGAUAUGCAGAUUACAAGGUCUUAAUCUCUAUUUUUAUGAGGUCUCAAAUGAAAGUGGCGUACACGCAGACAGAGUUCUGACACCGAUUUUUAAAAUGUGAGCGACCCCACACGACAAGCAAAAAAAUGGACAACUGUUUGCUUCCUGCUCUUAUAGCGUGUGGUUUACUCGAUGACCAACACAACUCACCACAGACAUAACAUUUCCACUGAUAAUCUCCUUCCUCCUCCUCUGCAAACCAGAUGUCUGUCAUAGUAACCAAGACUAACCUGUGAGAGGCAACAUGGUGCCACAGGGAAUUCUGAUUGCUGAAAAAUACAAAGAAGAAAAAGUAGCAGUAGACAAGGAAAUCGUAGAAGCUAAGCUAACUGUUCGUUUAUCUCGUAAACACAUUGCGGGGGAGGAGGGGGGGGGCGUCGUCUGCUGUCUUGCUUAAUGUUCCACAACUUAACUGUUGUUUUGCAAUAUAGCAUCUCCAGUUGUUUAAACCACACAAUAUUUUUUUUGCUUUCUUGUUUUGUGGGUUUCACUUUAUUUACCAAUCGAUCAGCACACAGCUUGCAUCUAUUCGACAAUUUUUUUAAUCUUCUUUUCUUUGCCUCUUUUUAUGUAAUAUUUUUACACAGUGCCCCCUAGUGCUCUGACUGAUAUACCACAGUUGGAUAAUAUUGUACCUUUAUAUUAAGAUGACAAACUUGAGUUCAUCUUUAAAAAAAAAAAAAAAAAAGGUCAUGUUUUUUAUCCUAACAAGAAAUGUCAAGUUUAAACUGAAGUCUAUUAAUAUUGGUUGAAAUUGCCUCACUAGAAAUGUUCGUAGACAAGAAAAUGGAGUUUCCUGCUAUAUGCACAAUGUGAAUUUAUUAAAACUAUUGUUGGUUAUCUUAAAAGAGGAAACCAAUUGGUCGUUCAUUAUUAAGUGAAAUUCUCUUGUGUAUUUGUUAUUGCUCUUUAACCAAGCAAAAAUAUAUUUUAAAGGUUAAAACCUAUACUUGAUUAUUCCGAUGGGACUGUCAGUAGAAUAAUUGCAGCACCACUGGAUGAAAAUUCCUAUUUGUGACAGGUCUGUGUGAUGUCACUUCAGAAGUGAGGAAAAAGUAAGUCAGCAUUUUCAUGGAAUAACUGAAAACCUACUAUCAAUCGGUUUUGAAGGGGCAGUAAACUAAGCCCCACCGUUGAAGGUGCAAAGAUUUUGACCCACCCCCUCCUUUUCUUGUAAAGGUUCAAUGCACUUAUUCAUCAAAUUUGUUUUGAUAUGGAUUUUAAAAGAUUAAAUAUAUAAAUGCAGUAUACACUGCGAUUGGCUGGCAACCAGUUCAGGGUCUACCCUGCCUCCUGCCCGAUGAUAGCUGGGAUAGGCUCCAGCACGCCCGCCACCCUAGUGAGGAGAAGCGGCUCAGAAAAUGGGUGGAUGGACAGUAUAUAAUACAUAUUAAAUAUAAAUAUAUGUUAAACUAUGUUUAUUUUGUUAGUAAAAUGACUCUACUCGGAACUCAAAGUGUAGGACUUGCGAUUUGACUCUGGGACUUGCAUGUCUCGACUUGACUUGGGACUUGCCUGUCUCGACUUGGGACUUGAGGGCAAAGACUUGAGACUUAUGACUUGCAAAGCAAUGGCUUGUUCCCACCUCUGGUUCUUUUUUACCUCAUUGAACAUUCUGCGUUGUGAUCUUCCAGUCAUUUUACAACAUAGCCACUCCUUGGAAGAGAAGCAACAGUGCUGGACUUACUCCAUUUACGGACAAUUUCUCUAACCUUGGACUGAUGAUGAACAUCCAGACUUUUAUAGAUACUUUUGAAACUUUGCCAGGUUUAUACGAGUUUAUGUAUGAAGUCCUGACCUCAACCCAAUGCUGUGGCAUGACCUCAAGAACUAUUCAAAGCAAACAUCCCAAGAAUCCUCCUGAAACUGCAACAGUUUUGCAAAGAGAGAGGGUCCAAAAUUCAUCCUGAUCAUUGUACACGUCUGAUCUACAACUAUAGGAAACAUUUGGUUGAGGUUAUUGCUGCUAAAGGAGGGUCAACCCGUUAUUAAAUCCAAGGGUUCUCUUACUUUUUCUUCCCCGUCCUGUGAUUGUUUACGUCCUUGAGAUUUAGGUGACGAUCAGACUAAAUUUUUUAACCAAUUCAUGCAGAAAUUUAAGAAAUCCCAAAGGGUUCAAAUAAUUUCCCCCCCCUCUUAACUGUACAUACAAUACAGGCUGGAUCAUGAUUCUACAGGAUUGGUGAGAUAUUCUUUAUUCCCUCCAACUUCUAAAGAUCAUCUGAAGCGCUAAUAAGAUUCUAUCAGUAACACCAGUAGGACCUCCAAUGUAUGUGAUACGAAAUGAGUUAUUUGUGGCACUAUGAGAAUUUAAAUGGGCGUACACCAGUCAUUGGUUGGACUGUUUGCCUGCAAACUCGCUUCGCCAUGAUCUUCUUACCUCCCAUCUCCUCUAUUGCAAUAAUCUGAGGUUGACUUUGGACAGACUGAAAUGUAGACAUUAUUUAAUGUUACUAGACAGCAGUACACCUAUACAGUGUCUGUGCUGUGAAGAAAUUUUGUUUUUGUUUCCUUGUUUCUUUUUACAGCUUCUCUUUGAAUACUGCCUCAUGCUGAACCCUCCAAGGGGAUUACAGUACUGUACUUGCAAAUGAGUGAUAGUUGUGAAAGUGUCAUGAAAAUUACAGAUGUCACCUUGCAUAUAGGAGUGCAACAAAAGUUUGCUACACUGGAAAAUAUAAAGAUACUGUACUGAUACUGUACUGUUCUGAAGUGUUUCUGUGACUAUAAACUAUACCUGCUAUUUGUCAGCCAUCCCUUCGAAAACUAAAAUGUGAGCCAUUCUGAUAAUGCAGUUUAAGUUCAUUUAUUGCCUUCGCCUUUCACUAGUAGAAUGCACAUUGAAAUGACGAAAUGCAUUAUGCUGUUUACUUGUAUGGACUCUCGAGUGGAAGUCAAAUGUAAAUUGACAUGCUGGAUAAAGUACUGUACUUUGUCAUUCCUAGAUAUUAUCUGCCUUCUUGAACUGUUUUGUCCUAAAAAAAUAAAUUAAAAAAAGGCACCUUGGUAAAUGUACAGAAUGUUUCCUUUUGCAUUAUUUUGAUAUUUGCUGUUUACUACCACCAUGUUGAUAUGUGUUAAUAAAAA